AUGCCUCCCUCGAGGUUUGCGGCGCCUCACCGAGAUGACCUUGACGAGACAUGGACCUUUCUCGAGCAGGGUAUCGAGAGGGUGAUGACUGACCUGAACAGCGGCAUUGAUAUGUCAUCUUAUAUGGGUGUUUACACUGCUGUUCACAAUUUUUGUACCUCCCAAAAAGCUUUCUCGAGCCAUUCCUCUUCUUCGCAUGGCACGCGAGGCGCCCAUCUGCUCGGAGAGGAGCUCUACAACCUUCUUGGGCACUAUCUUUCCCGGCACCUCGAAGGGGUCUACAAAGCCUCUCUCAGCCAUUCUGACGAGCCACUCCUUUCGUUCUACAUUAGAGAAUGGUCCCGUUAUACCACCGCCGCGAAAUACAUCAACCAUCUUUUCAGAUACCUAAACCGCCAUUGGGUAAAGCGAGAAGUCGACGAAGGCAAGAAGGAUAUCUACGAUGUGUACACCCUUCACCUUGUCAGAUGGAAGGAGGACUUCUUCAGGCUUGUCCACGAGAACGUCAUGAGUGCCGUACUAGGUCUCAUCGAGAAGCAGCGGAAUGGCGAAACCAUCGAACAGUCCCAGAUAAAGCACAUCGUCGAUUCUUUCGUCUCUCUCGGUCUGGAUGAAAACGAUAAUUCCAAGUCGACUCUGGUUGUCUACCAGUACUACUUUGAAAAGCCAUUCAUCGAGGCCACGCGAGUCUACUAUGAUAGAGAGUCCAAACGGUUCGUGGCUGAAAACAGCGUCGUGGAAUACAUGAAGAAGGCGGAACUUCGACUAGAGGAAGAGCGCGCUCGCAUCGACCUGUACCUUCACCCGGACGUUACUAAGAAUUUGACAGACACCUGUCUGGAUGUCUUGGUUACUUCACACUGUGGCUUACUACGGGACGAAUUCCAGCCCCUCCUUGACGCCGAACGACAAGACGAUCUUGCCAGGAUGUACCGACUUCUGUCAAAGAUAAAGGAUGGCUUGGAUCCGUUAAGAAAUAGGUUUGAAACUCAUGUUAGGAAAGCUGGCCUGUCUGCUAUUGCAAAAGUGGCCACUCCAGGCGGCGAAGCUGUUGACCCAAAAGUGUAUGUUGACUCUUUACUGCAAGUGCAUGGAAAGUACAGAUCGAUGGUGGACGAUGCCUUCGCUGGUGAAACCGAAUUUGUUCGAUCCUUAGAUAAUGCCUGUCGUGAAUUUGUCAACCGUAACGCUCUUUGCACCACCAGCUCAACCAAAUCCCCCGAGCUGUUGGCUAGAUACACCGACUCUCUGCUCAAGAAGGGCGCCAAGUCGCCUGAAGAAUCAGAGCUCGAGGAGCUCCUCGUCCAGAUCAUGACCGUCUUCAAAUAUAUCGAAGACAAGGACGUCUUCCAAAAGUUCUACUCUCGAAUGCUGGCCAAACGUCUAGUUCAUGUCAGCUCCGUAUCCGAUGACGCUGAGACUAGUAUGAUCAGCAAACUGAAGGAGGCUUGUGGCUUCGAAUAUACCAACAAACUCCAACGAAUGUUCCAAGAUAUCCAGAUCUCAAAGGAUCUCAACACCAACUACCGUGAAUGGCAGGAGAAGAUUUUCGACGAGGAAGACCGUAAGAAAAUGGUCGAUCCGCACUUCCAGGUGCUCGGCACUGGCUUCUGGCCUCUCAACCCUCCAUCAACGCAAUUUAUUCCACCUCAGGUUAUCAACAAGACCGUCGAACGCUUCAAGUCGUUUUAUUUCGACAAGCACAGCGGCCGUAAGCUAACCUGGCUCUGGCAAUUAUGCAAGGGUGAAAUCAAGGCAAACUACGUCAAGAACACGAAGGUCCCCUACACAUUCCAGGUAUCUACCUACCAAAUGGGUAUUCUACUUCUAUAUAACGACAACGAUAGCCUAGAGUACUCAGAGAUUGAGAAGGCAACUGCUCUCUCUUCUGAUAUUCUUGAUCCCAACCUUGGUAUCUUCGUCAAGGCUAAAGUUCUCAUCCCUUCACCUGAGAAUGCGAAGCCAGGUCCAGGAACCUCAUACGUACUGAACUAUAACUUCAAAGCGAAGAAGAUCAAGGUCAACUUAAACAUUCAGGUCAAGUCCGAGCAGAAGCACGAGGCCGAGGAUACACACAAGACUGUUGAAGAGGACAGGAAGUUGGUUCUCCAGUCUGCCAUCGUGCGUAUCAUGAAGUCCCGCAAGCGCAUGAAGCAUGUCCAGCUCGUCCAGGAAGUCAUCCAGCAAGUCAGCGCCCGCUUCCCACCUAAGAUCUCUGACAUCAAGAAAAACAUUGAAGGGUUGAUGGAGAAGGAAUACAUUGAGCGUCUGGAUGGUGAUGAAAUAGCAUAUAUUGCUUAA